GAAUACAGCGAAGCAGAGAUUUUUAAUAUAUAAAAAAAGUGCUUGAGAUUGAAAUAAAAUUUGUCUGUCUUUAAAUUUUCAUUGGACCAUCUCUCUGUUGCAAGACUACUACUUGUGUCGUGGGUUACCCCACUGCAGCUUUUUGUCGUUCUCUUUCGCUUUCUUUCACUCACUCACUCACCCUCUCUCUCUCUUGAUCUCUAUACUUAUACGAGUUUUGGGUUUCUUUUGUAUUUCUUUUCUGAUCCUCACUUGGUAAUGAUUUUUCUUCUCGUUAAGUCUAGUUGAAGUAGUAAAUUAGGAGCAGCAUUAAUCUGAUCAAGUCUGUUACAAGUUCACAACAAAGAAGAAGAGCAGUUUCAAGAAUGGGUAUUAACUGACUGAUCCGGUAGUGGUUUCUUUGAAGAAGGAAAAAGAAAACACACUUUCUGCUUCUUGAUUCAGGGUUUUCUUUCUCUUCAUCAAAUUUGUUUUUCUUCUUCUUAAUUCUUCAGUUGUUUCUGUGGGAAAUUUCUCUGCAUGUCUUCACAACAACAGAGACAGUUCGGUAUAAUGGUGGGAGGGAAUAUUAAUAGUAACAAUGUGGGAUUGAUUGAUACAACAUAUACAAAAAUAUUUGUUGGAGGAUUAGCUUGGGAAACUCAGAGAGAUACUAUGAGACGUUACUUUGAACAGUUUGGAGAGAUUCAAGAAGCUGUUGUGAUAACUGAUAAGAAUACUGGAAGAUCUAAAGGAUAUGGAUUUGUGACAUUCAAGGAUCCAGAUUCAGCUGUGAGAGCUUGUCAAGAUCCAUCUCCUGUAAUUGAUGGAAGAAGAGCUAAUUGUAAUCUUGCCUGUCUCGGAGCUCAGAGGCCUCACCCUUUGACUGCUUCUCAACAUGGUUUGGGAAGGUUUAGACCAGGACAUGGAUCAGUAGUUACUGCACCAACUUAUGAAGGAUCUUCUGCCUCUACAUAUUUCAAUCAACCUUCUCCGUACACAUUUCCAUAUUCAACUUAUGGGUAUUCCGGUUAUUCUCAAGAAAAUAUGUAUCAGAUGAAUUACUACAAUGUAUAUGGAGGGCAACAAAUUCCAGCUGCUGCUUACUAUGCGGCUGGAGGGGCAGCGUCUGGAACUCCUGGGAUUGUCCCCAACUUCUACCCAUUCUAUAUGCAAAAUGGUCAAGCUCAAGGUCUCAGAGUUCAAUAUCCUCAAUGGGUUCAAUAUCCAUAUAUAUCUCAACCUUAUACGCCUGCAGUACUUCCAAUGCCUACUCCAGUUUCCCCCGUAACCACCAUUACAGGUGUGACUUUAACUACAGAAGGUUCUGUGGGUACAAGAACGAUCACGAUAAAAGACCCGGGAUCGGCUAGAACUGAACAGAGUUCAACUUAGUCCUAAAUGAUAGUAGAAAUGUGAGUUCUUCCAAGACUAACAAGAAUGAGUUUGAAGUGGGGAGAAAGGAAUGAGGAAUUGGAAAUGAAAUUGCUGAUAAUUACCAAGUCGUUAGAAGAAUAGAAAAGAAAUAUGGGAGAUUUCUUUUUCUGUUCUUUAUAGUAUAAUGGGCUGAGUCAUAGAAUUAGAGAGAAGAAAAAAUCAACAAAAAUACCAUCAUCAGCAUGAAGUUGUUCCUUCAUGGGGAGGACUACUUAAGGAUAUAUAUAGAUAUAGCUAACUAUGAUCUGUUGGAUCUUUUCGUCCUUCAAGUUAGAUAUUAUGGUCGUCAUCAUCAUCAACAUACAUUGUAGGAAAAUAGUGAGAGUCUUAGUUUUUAAGUUAGACUAUCAUCAUAUUUGUUUAUGUAUCAAAGACAAGGUUGAACAAAAUAUUGGUUUGUAAUCAACCUGAAAUACUCAUUCUUAGAUCAAAUUUUGUGUCUCAUGAAGUGGGGUCUUCAUGGAGAUACUUGGUUAUGUUUAGUAGUAAGUCGAUUCUGAAGAUUUGUUUUAUGUCUCGGAAUCGACAUUUUUCUUUGUUUAAUCAGGAUCCUAAUUUUCAAGACCUGAUAAUUCAGAAGAAAGAAAAGGCGAGCUUCGGACAGCUUGACCUGAAUGUAAUUUUUUUAUUUGUUAUUUGUUCAUCUUCAUUAUUA